GAGACCAGUCCCAGCUCCCAGUCUGCCCAGGUCCCCCUGGGUCCCUGUUGCUAAUGGGCUCCGAUUGGCUGCUCUGAACCAGCCUCUCUCUGGUGCUAUGAGUGGUGUGCCGGGGGCUGACCUACUGUGCUUCCGACAGGCCCAGGAGGCGGGGCUACAGGGAACAUUCCGAGCCUUUCUCUCCUCCUCCAAUCAGAACCUGGCAUCGCUGGUCAAGCGUUCUGAUAGCACCGCCCACCCCAUCCUCAACCUCAUGGGUCAGUACUUGUUCCCAAAUUGGCGCUCUCUGUUUUCGGAUUCAACCCCCCCAAUGACCCCCCGCCUGCCCCUCUACUCUUUCAACGGGAGGGAUGUGUGGACACAUCCAAACUGGCCUUACAAAGCAGUCUGGCACGGCUCCUCUCCCAUAGGGGUGAGUGGGCGGGGCCUGCAGUGUGGUGAUUGGCGUCAGAGUGAUCAUGUGACCGGGCUGGCAACGAGGCUGCCAGGGGGGAGGCUGCUGAGAGACAGCACAGAGGAACGCUGCCAGACCCCCCUCAUCGUGCUGUGUGUGGAGAAUAGCUACCCCUCCCCUUACACGCAGUGAAGCAGAAACUCUCCCCCUCUCUCCCCGCCCCCUCUCUCUACCUGCUCCUCCCGGGCCUCUCUCCUACUCUCCCUGUU